AUGAUCCUUCUACCGAUCGUAAGUACGUUUGCGGUUUUGAUCGCCGCGCAGGAUACAACAUCUAUGGUAUUUCCGUCUGCGAGAAAUGGUUCUGCUUUGGAGUUGCCGAGCAUACUCGAACCCGCACGACCUUUAAUCGUACCGACCAAUCAUUUUCUCUCCGUGCCUCAGAGAACGUUCAUCGACCACAGAAACGACUUUCCGUACGUUUACGAUCAUCCGCAUUUCGGAUAUCCGGUGGCGCAUUCCAUCGACCACUCGGUCGGACCAUCGUCGAAGCAGCUCGUGAUCGUCAGUUUCAUUGGUUUGUUAUUACUAUUUGCGAUAAUACAGAACACGAUAGCGGUUGUGAAACGAAGAGAUAUCCCGACGGACGUGUUAUCGGCUAGAAAGAAGAGAGACCUUUACGCCGCCCACAACUUUUAUUCCGUUAGCUCGGAACAGGAAGCUAUUCUUAACGACGAUGCCAGAGUACGUUGCAUACAGAGGACGGUCUGCUUCGAAAAUCGAAAACUUUCGAAAGCGUUUGGCGUCGUCGGCAAGAUACUAGCAAAGUAUUUGACACGUUCCAUCGGGAAAUCCCUGAAAUCGACUUCCGGAUGGGAUCGUCUGGUGGAGGAUGCAGGCGAGGCUGGGAUUCGUAACGAGGAUUGCGACGUGCUAUACAGGGAUUGCAAGUACCCAGCGUCUUCAAAUUUUGGGGACGUAACAGGUCGAGCUUCAAGACUGUCUAAAAUGCAUGAUAAUGAAAAAUAAUAAUAAUAAUAAUAAUAAUAAUAAUAAUAAUAAUAAUAAUAUUAGUAAUAAAUAUUUUCCUAACGAAGAACGAAAAUAAAAUAUUUUCACUGGCAGCAGUUAAUAGUUUAUGUUGAGUUCAAAAAAAUUGUUGCGUCGAAUAUUCUACAAAUUUUUCGAUAAACUUUACAAAAAUUCAAACGACGUAUACAUAUACCGAAUACACGUUACGUUGAAGCGAAUCAAAGGGCCGGCGGAACGUAGGAUCGAGCGUUCGACAAAUAAUAAUGCGGGCGGUAUUAAUGACUUUUAAUUUUAAUUACAAUACGCUGUGUUUUUUUGUUCUUUAUCCGCUACAAACAUCGACAUCUAGCCUGAACUAUUUUAGAUAGCAGUCUGCUCUAUACACGCUCCAUUUACACUCUCUUUUUCUCCAAUCGUUCUCUCUCGUCAUCGGAAUUAUAAAAAAAUAUCAAAUCACGAACAGAAUGGAGACAAACGGCCACGCGUACUGCACUCCUUUUUCUUUACUUUGUCUGUUACGUUUGUAUCAUUUUGUGUUGUCUCUUUUAUUCGGUCGGUUUCGUUCAUCAUUUAUAUUCGCCACCAUCGUGAAAUACCUUCCUCCUUCGUUUUCAUUGUUUUGACCUCGUCGACCUCCUCUCGUCACAACUAAUUAUACAGUAACGCUAUCCAUAUUAUUAUCGAUAUAACAUUAAGGCAUUACAUAUUUAUAAAUUCUUCGCGUUCACUCGCCGCUAUACAGCAACACCACGCUAAACUCGGUAAACUUAUGCUUAAAUAGACGUGAGAUCGCUCGUUGGAAAUAGUCCAGGCUUAAGGAAAAAUAAACACAAGGGAAAAGAAUGUUUUUUCGAGACACAUUUGCAAGCUGGGACCGGAUGUGGUCAUGGAAAUCCGUGUCCACGUUUAAUACUGCAUGCCCGGCAUCGUUCAAACGAUUCGUUAGUUAGUCUUCCAGUUAUGGCUUUCCAGAGGUUCGGAUAAACGUUUUAUCUUUGUCACUUUUUGCGAUAGAAAAUUUGCAACUUUAAUGUUUACAAGACGAUAGACCGUAAAUCAUACAGUGAAUGGUUCGGAUCGAUAACGCGGCUAGUUUUCGUAAAGUGAAAAGUUUUCAACGCAAUAUUAGUAUUAACGGCGCUCGGGUGAUUUUAAUGCACGGCAAGAACACCAUUGUCCAGAUCAGCGUCGAACGAUCUUUCUCUCCACGUUGUUCAGGAUUCGCUCCAAGUAAUAUUAAUGUUUUCUCGCGCUCGAGUUUGUUCGAGGACGGCCAUUUAACCGCAAAGGCAUAAGUUUCCUUGGAUCCGCCAUAAUACCCGAUCGAUCGAUUCUCGACUGUAGAACGAUGCUUCUUACCAACUCUACGAAACCUCUAGCAACUUUCGUGCGACGAAAAGUCGAUGAUCCGUGGAUGCAUUUAGAGUACCGAUUCUAUUCGUUCUCUUAAUAAAUAAAUCGUGCUUCUCCUUCCCAUAAAUCGCGCUAGAGAAUUCACUAAAUUCAAAUUCUGGGAGCAAAGAACGAUUCAUUUUUCGUGCACAAGUUGAAAAAACGAGAUCCUGUUAAAGACCAUCCGGUGCCAGAUGUGUGCUCGUAGUUUUUGUUCGUCCGUCUUUCCCUCUCGCAUUCAUCCUUUGUUUGCUCGGUUCUUUCACACUUACUCUCUCUUAAGCACGCACGCAGACGCACGCAGACGCACGCAGACGCACGCAGACGCACGCACGCACGCACGCAAGCACGCACGCACGCACGCACGCACACACAUCGCACGAAACAUCUCUCUUUCGAUUAUCACUUGCAUGCACGCAGCUUAAAAGUCCUGCUAAUUAUCGCAUCGUCAAUAAAUUAGACGCAUUUGUUGAGGCAACGCAGUUUGCACAAACAGGCGGCAGGCAGCUCACGGAAAGUACUUUGAAACACUUAUGCUCUGAAUUUCUCGCCUCGUCUCUAUUUUAUAAACGUUCUCUGCGACUGAUGCGAACGAAUCGAACGCCGUCGCGCGUUUUCUUAGGUGGUCGCGAGCCAACGUUUUCAUUUAUUUCGCCACGAUCGAUCGACCGAUCGAACUCAUCGACUUGCCAUUCGUUGAUCGCGUCGAGAAACAUCUCCGUAUGUUCGUUAAUCAUAAUUUACAUAAAAAAUUAACUAAAAAUAUCCAUUUCUUUGGCGAAACGAUGUCGAAACACGCCGAAGGAAAAAAUUUGACAGGAUCGAGCUCGAUCCUCGAGUCAAACGGUAAGCGAACACCUUUCGAAGAAAUGUGUUUUUCUUUCGUAAAACAAACAAGCAGGAAAUGUCGUCGGAAUAAAAGUCGUCGUCGGAUUAAUUCGACAUUAGGCGAUGGUCUCGAUAAAACGUUAACAAAAAUAAAACUAAAAGUUUUUAAAAUUUUCUAGACUCUAACGAGAACUCGUAUUUUUCUAAUAAAA